AUGAAAUGGGUAUAUUGUCCGUCGGAUGACAACCGAGCCCAGUUUAACACACCAGUAACAAUACAGGAGGCCAGUCUGCAGAUCCUCCAUGGAAAUUCACGUACGGCUCGCAUUCGUACUUGGAGUCCGAUGAAGCUUUUUGCGCACACAUACCACAGAUGGGAAUACACACUCCUUGCCAAUGCAUCCCCCUCCGACGCUGCGGCAAUGUACAAGGGUCUUUCCGUCAAUCCUACAGGACAAGUCGGUGUAUGUAUGUAUAUACUUGUACCAGGGCAAUCUACGUUACAUUUCCAAGGUACCGCACGUGGCAGCGUCCGACCGAGUCAACCUCGAUAG